UGUAUUUUCUGCAAGAAGCGACAACGCGGCGCGUGGACAGUCAGAAAUGCUGCAAGGCGCCAGCCCUAGCAUUAGCAUCUCGAUAUUUGUGAGGUUGCGGAGAUUUUGGUUGCAACGCUCGAAGAUGUCGCGAUAUUUGUGCCUGCUCACCAUAGGGCUGAUCGCCCUCUUUGUGCUGGUGAACGCAUCUAGCGACGAUGCCGCCAAGAAGGGCCCCAAAGUCACCGACAAGGUCUGGUUCGACAUCACUAUUGGGGACGAAGCAGUGGGUCGAGUGGAGAUCGGGCUGUUCGGCAAAACCGUGCCCAAAACCGUUGAAAACUUCAAGCAACUUGCCCUGAAGCCGGCCGGCGAAGGCUACAAGGGCAGCAAGUUCCAUCGCGUUAUCAAGGACUUUAUGCUGCAGGGCGGCGACUUUACCAGAGGCGACGGAACCGGCGGACGUUCCAUCUACGGGGAGCGCUUUGAGGACGAGAACUUCAAGCUGAAGCACUAUGGGGCCGGAUGGCUCUCCAUGGCCAACGCUGGCAAAGACACGAACGGCUCCCAGUUCUUCAUCACGGUGAAAGCGACCAGUUGGCUGGAUGGCAGGCACGUGGUCUUCGGCAAGGUGCUCAAGGGGAUGGACGUGGUGCGGAAGAUCGAGGCCAUAAAGACCGACGGCAGGGAUCGCCCGGUUAAGGAUGUGGUGAUUGCGGACAGCGGCGUCGAGACGGUGCCCGAACCCUUUGGAGUAGCCAAGGAAGAUGCACGGGACUAGAUAGGGUAAACGUGUCAAAAACCCAUUUUGUUUUUUCUACAAGAAUUGCCAAUAAAAAACUUUUCUAUA